AUGCGCGACACAAAGAUGCGGAACGGUAAUCGAUCACACGUAUCCCACGCUGUUCACGGUACUGGCGCCUUUACCGACAUGCCUACCGGAAACUCGGCUGUCGCCGGGUCUAGCUGGCCGACCACCGUCCCCAUGUCCACCAUCCCGGACGAGGCGGAUGGGGUAAACUACCAGUACCACAUGGCAAGCCCUCAAGUAUUCAGUCAACCACACAACAACCACGUGUCUGAGAGCGGCAGCGAUUACGAAGACUUCGAGGAUGAGGAGCACCAACAGCAAGACGGGCAAGGCGAUCAAGAAAUGGAAGAGCACGGACGACAACGACGUACGACGACGACGAACGACGACGGCCAUGGCGAACAUGAGAGCCUGUUCUAUGGUCACCACUAUCUGAGUACCGAUCAAAUGCUGGCUCAUCAUCCACAGCCCUCCUACUACACUGCCAUGGACGGUUAUAUUUCCGACGACGUCGACAUGUCCGAUGAUGCGGGCGCUCCCUUGGUGAACUACUUGCAAGUGGCCAACUUACUCACGAACGACAUGGAUACCGAUGUUUCAGACUCGGGUGGCGAGCAUGGCUUUCCAUAUGAGUUGAGCAUGGAGCCCGACAACGAGGACUCCGUUAGCAUGGCCUCCUCUUUAUCGGACGAAGAGCAGUUCUCACAGUACCCUCCUGCUCCUCCAGCUCCUUUCACACCCUUCACCCUAGGCUUAGUCACCCAAAUGCUGGCAACAACUGGGCAAGGCUGGCCGCCUACGACGACCGCCUCACAGGCAGAUGUGAUAAACAACAUCAGCAAUACGAUGCACCCCCAAGUCCCACCUACAACGUUCCUUGAUACCUUUCCUCACCCAACUCACGGCCCCAAUUUUCACAGCAUGACCAGUCUUGGUCCAAGCAACUACCACUUAACCCAGCUCUUAUAUCAGUGGGCCCGUCCAGAUCCUCGAGAACAGGGUGUACAUCUGCCUAGGGGCCCUUAUCCACGGCCCAGCAGGAUUGCAGACCUCGGUGCCCAAAAGCUUUCGCAGACGCGCUACACAGACCUUGCUGGAGACCAAUGCGACUUUCAAGGGGUGAAUUGGGAAAGGUUAGGAGUGACCAGACAGGAAGCACGGCAACGUCGACUCCUGACUUAUAGGAACUAUGUCAAUGUGCCGGAGUCUGAUAGGUGGCACGAAAAUUGUCCCGAUAUUAGCUUGUCUUGCACCGAUAGUUUUCUCCGAUUCAAGCGUAUGGACUUCAAGUCCAAUAUCAACUUGUCGCACUUCCAGCUACGAAACAUCUUGGCAACGACAUCACGUACCAAGGUCUUUUAUCCCGGCUCCGGCGCUGUACACCAGUUCAACCCAGUCUCGGGGAAAACCCGAGUAAUCAUGAAACUCGGCGACGCCCAGGGCUCACACGUCUCUACCAUGGCUGCCGGCCACGGCUUCCUGAUAGCGGGUAGCUUCAACGGUGAGUAUACACUUCGCCAUAUGGACUCUGACGAACCAGACUCGUCAGCAUGCCACGAGGGUAUCAUUACAAGCAACCAAAGCGGCAUCACGAACCACGCCCAAGUGUAUCAGGACCGGAAUUCUGACCGACCACUGGUUGGCUUUGCGUCGAACGACGCUGUCUUCCGCGUCAUGGAUAUAACCACCGAAAAGUGGCUUUCCCACGAAGUUUACGAUUUCCCACUUAACUGCACGGCAGUGUCUCCAGACCGUCGCCUGCGUGUCGCUGUUGGAGACCAUAAAAACGUCUUCAUCACCACGACCGAGUCGACCCUGGGAGGUGGGAAACCCCAGGUCCUUCAGGAGCUCUCCGGUCAUCGUGACCACGGCUUCUCUUGCGCCUGGGCAGACGAUGGAUGGACAGUUGCCACGGGUUUCCAGGACAAGGCAAUCAAGAUCUGGGAUGCGCGCCGCUGGACAGACAACAACGGAUCCUCGACGCCAGUAUGCACCAUACGUGCCGAGAUGGCCGGAGUCCGGAAUCUGCAGUUCUCGCCGAUUGGCAGCGGCAAGCGUGUGCUGGUCGCUGCUGAGGAAGCGGACUACAUCAACAUCAUCGAUGCGCAGACCUUCCGUUCCAAGCAGACAGUCGACGUUUUCGCCGAGAUUGGUGGUGUUUCGUUUACGAACAAUGGGCAGGACCUCACGGCGUUGUGCUACGAUCCCACACGAGGAGGUCUUCUGCAGUUGGAGCGGUGUGGGAUGGGUCAGAUGACACAGGAUUUCGACGAGCGAGGCUUGGAUUAUCGAUACUAUGGGCGGCACAUGGGAGGAGGCAGCGACUCUGACUGGCCGCGGUCUUCGUUCACCGAGGAGAAGCGCAUCAAGGAUAGUGUGGUUUGGAGGGCUCAAAGGCGCGCGGCGCUGGCUGAGUUGGGGCCUUUCUGA